CUCUCUCUCUCUCUCUCUCUCUCUCUCUCUCACACACACACACACACACACACACAAGAAUCGUUUCCUUUUAUGUUAAGUGCUUCAUAUCUGUCUCGUUACAGUAACGUACGAUAAUGAUAAUUUCACCCUUGUUUCACAGAUGCCUGUGUAUAAUUUGCAGAUACACCACUAGUUUUAACAUAUUUGAGUUCUUGCCUUAAAAUAAUGAAAAGUUGUGCGAAGGAAACAAGAUAUGAAGCGAAUAUUUUUGAGGAUUGGAGACCGCACAACGAGCUAGUUGGAGCUACUGACGCUUUGUUAACCCUGAAAUGACCACCCACCCUCAUCCCUUCCUCCCUUCUCUCCUGGUUGAUCAAGAUGGACUAGAAAUUAGGACCUGACUAUGAUAUUCUCUGUUCUGCAACAGUAGACUAUGGGCACCAGUUGUUUAUAAGCCUGGAUGUGUUUAUGUUGAAAACGGAUAGCAGUGACUAAACUAGAUUACUAAGUCUGACGAGGCAUGUGCGCAUUCAGUAAGGUUUGCCAUCACGAUAAGCUUCACCAACUAGAUAAAGAUGGUUUAUGUGAUAUCCACCUGGUACUAAAGCCACCUUGCGCUGCACUAAGUAAUCAUAUGAUGAGAUAGCUACAAGAAGAUGCUCCUAAAUCAUAGAAAUUUAAGUUGUUGAUCGAAGAAAAUAAUAUAUUGGUGGUAUGUACGAGCAACAGACCAGCGAGGAUGAGAAAUGGUGCGUGGCAAUGGUGAGUGGUGACCCUGGCCAGUCUUUGCUGGGGUGGUGCGUGAGGCGGAGUGAUGCAGGGCGCGCUGGUGCCUGUAAAGGACUUUUGGCACAGAAAUUUCGUAUCGUCAGCAUUGAGAGUUCGAGAGCAGCUGCUGGACAUGACGGAGCAGAAAUCCCACGUGUACCUCGGUGGGAUCCAGACCAUGCACUACAGAACAUUCCAAGACAAGAUGGGACUUCCAGGAAUGCUGGGCACUGUAGUAGGGGAUGUGAAACCCUUCUGUGGGAGCCGGAAGAUAGGACUUCCAGGAAUGCUGGGCACUGUAGUAGGGGAUAUGAAACCCUUCUGUGGGAGGCAGGAGGGAUGUGUGACAGUGUUUGGGAGGCAGGAGGGAUGUGUGACAGCAUCUGGAAUGUGCAGGCUGGGUGUUGAAAGCUAUGGGUUAGAGAGUUUGACCUCCACUGAAGUGUAAGGGUGUUGGAACUUGUUAGGGAAAGGAUGAGAAGAGAAUAAGAGAAUAAGAGCAGGCAAGGAUGGAGUGAUGGAGUCUGUGACGGAAGGGAUAAGAGGUGAAUGAGAGAAUUUGAACAAGUAAGGAUGGAAACAAAUGAAGGAUGGAGUGAUGGAGUGUGUGAGGGAGAGGAUAGGAAGGGAAUAAGAAGACUUAAACAUGCAAGGAUGGAAAUAAAUGAAGGAUGGAGUAUGUGAAGGAGACAAGAUGAGAGAAAGAAAAUUAGAACAUUCUAGGUGGAAACAGAUAGAGGAUGGAGUGAUGGAGUGUGUGAGGAAGAGGAAGAGGACAAGGGAAGAAUCAGAGGGUUGGAGCAUGGAUGGAGGAAAUACAAGGACAGGAAUAAACAGAUGGAUAAAUAAAUAGGGAAAGUAAAGGAGGCUUGGAAAAUAUGAAACUGUUGAGGAAAUGUAGGAGAGCUGGAAAGUACUUGAUAGAAUAAUGACAUUACAAAAAUAAAAUAAAAUAAUUAGUGACGUGACAGAUCUAGUGAUAUAAAAGAAGUUGAAAAUGAAUGAAGAUAUUGAUGAUGCUAUUGUUGAUGAUGUGUUGAUUGUAAUGCAGCACAAUCUGCCACCAGGAAAGCCUUCAGGAUGUUGAGAAAUGAGCCAAGAAUCUUCAGGGAGACCGCAUCAAACAGUAUGCUCAACGCUAACACCUAUACAUAUGUGCUCUAGGUAGGUCUAUCUACUUGUGUCUCUGCACCGACACACGUCCUCCCUGCACGAGUGUCCUCAGCAAAGUGUCCCUGUCGUCCUCAGCUAGUGCCUGGCUUCCUGCCCUGUCCAUCGUCAUCCAUUAGCGACGGCGUUAAGGGCGGCUUCAUCUUAGUCUCAUGUCAUAGCAAGCAUCCUUCAUCUCCUUACAUCAACAUUAUCUCAACACCGACCGUACAAGAAACUCGCUGACUUAGGCCUCGUCCUGAUCCUCGCCCUCACCGCCAGCUCCUUUCCUUCCUCAUUGACAAACUCGCUUGCACAACAACAACUUAUUUCACCCGCUUGAUGGUAACAAUGUGUAUGAAUGUGUACGCAUAUAAUUAUCGUUAAUUUAUAUCUUUUUGUGUGUGAUUAUGUAUAUCUUUGAAAACGAUCAUCCACAUCAAAGCGUGAUUGCUCUCUGUGUGACAAUGGCUCAACUCAAGCAAGUCUGCACGAGCUGCGGCUCAACACACUUCGCUAGAAAAGGCAAAUGUUAUAUUAAUUCUUGUAUUAAUAUUAUAAAGCAAUAAACAUUACUUACUUACCUAC